AUGCAAAAUCACUCGGUCCUAUUUUUGACGUUGGGCGGCCGAGAGCUGUAUUCCCUGAUGAAGAAUCUAGCGUUCCCGAAUGUUCCUGCUGAAUUGCCGUUCGAGAAAUUGAAAUCCCUAUUGCGGGACCACAUUCUCCCAGUGGAUUUUCAGGUCACUGAACGGGCCAAACUCAACUCAAUGAUCAGAGCUGCCAAUACGCCGUGCCGUGAAUUCAUCCUCCAGUUGAACAAACAGGCGUCAAAAUGCAACUAUGGUGAUCGAUUGGAAGAACAACUUUGUGACCGUCUCAUUGCCGGAAUUAACAACAUCUCAUUACAACGUAAGAUGUUGGAAAAGAAAGAUAUCACGUUUGCUGAGGCACGAAAAAUCUUUGAGAAAAGUGAUGAUUCCCCACAGUCCGUCUAUUCUGGGCGUUUGAGCAAUGCGCUACUACAAGGAUCCAUCACACUACAUGCUAACAACGAUAUCCCAAUCACCUCACAUCUUCAACAUUUGAUUGUACAGUGUUCCGGUAACGUUGGUGGCAUGAAAGUGCCGUCGGUAAAGUUGGAAGUGGACGGUAAACCUAUUUUCAUAAAACGACGCGUCCGCCAUACGGUCAACGAGAAAGGUGUCCUGAAAGCCUUACAGAAAAUGGAGCAGGAUGGUGUGAUAAGCAAAGUUGAAUCCAGUGCUUGGGCGACCCCGAUCGUCGUGGCGAUGAAAAGUGAUGUAUUUUUCCAAGAUCGAUUUGGCGGACGCACACCUACAGAUUCCAAUUUUCUCCCGUUUGGAUUGCAUGUGUCGUCUGAGCUCUUUCAAUUGGCAAUAAACAGUGUAAUCAAAGGACUGGACGGUGUGCUUGCAUAUCAAGAUGACGUCCUCAUUUUCGGCCUUAAUAAGAAAGAACACGAUGCCCGUCUUACGCAGCUACUGGAAAGAUUCGCCGCCAGGAACGUGGCUAUCAAGCCGUCCAAAUGUGUGUUUGGUGUUAGUGAGUUGGAGAUUCUAGGAUUUACAGUUGAUUCCCGUGGAUACCGUCCCGAUCCGACACGUUUCAAACCAUUGACUAACACCGAAUCCCCAAAGGAUCAAACGCAUUUGAGAUCCGUGAUGGGAUGCCUACAGUACUAUUCCCGAUUGAUCCCGAACUUUAGUACAAGGGCGCAGCCGCUUUUUCCUUACUCAGUGUUCAGACGCUUGAGAAUGGUCGGUGGAGUGUGA